AUCGACCUUCUGCCAGCGCAUCUCUCUCUCACACUCUCUCGCUUUCGCUCACACUCCCCCUUCCCAACACCCUCUUCCCUCCCACUCCACUCCAUCUCCAUCUCCAACCCACACCCCCAGGCAAAGAAGCCACACUGUCGCCUUGGUCCGGCCCUGAACACCAGCACUCCCUCCCUCAAAGCAUGUCUUCGGCAGUCACGACGCCUGCGGGUGGCCAGAAACUCGAGAAGAAGCCGGUCAAGUUCAGCAACUUGCUGCUGGGCUCUGGUCUGAACCUGUUCGAGGUGACGACGCUGGGCCAGCCGCUCGAGGUCAUGAAGACCACCAUGGCCGCCAACCGUUCCGACGGUAUGGCUGGCGCGGUUGCCAGGAUUUGGAGCCGUGGUGGUAUCCUUGGCUUCUACCAAGGUCUGAUUCCAUGGGCCUGGAUCGAAGCCUCCACCAAGGGCGCCGUGCUCCUCUUUGUGGCCUCCGAGGCGGAGUACUAUGCCAAAUCGUUUGGCGCCAGCAAUUUCGUGGCCGGUAUCUCAGGAGGUAUGACGGGCGGUCUGGCUCAGGCAUACGCGACUAUGGGCUUCUGCACGUGCAUGAAGACGGUGGAGAUGACGAAACACAAGGCAGCUGUCAGCGGUGUGAAGCCCCCGGGCACGAUGGAGACCUUCAUGGGCAUCUACCGAGCAGAGGGCAUUGCUGGUAUCAACAAGGGUGUGAACGCCGUGGCGGUGCGACAAGUCACCAACUGGGGUUCACGAUUCGGUCUCAGCAGAGUUGCUGAGAACGGUAUUCGCAGCGUCACCGGAAAGACCGACUCUUCGCAGAAGCUGUCCGCGCCCGAACGUAUCCUGGCCUCUGCCAUUGGAGGAGGACUCAGCGCGUGGAACCAGCCAAUUGAGGUGAUCCGUGUCGAGAUGCAGUCGAAGAAGGAGGACCCCAACCGACCCAAGAAGAUGACUGUCGCCAACACAUUCAAGUACAUCUACGGCUCGUCUGGUAUCAAGGGUCUGUACCGCGGUGUGGCGCCACGCAUUGGUCUGGGGGUGUGGCAGACGGUGUGCAUGGUUGCCUUGGGUGACAUGGCAAAGGAGAUGGUCGAGAAGGCCACUGGUGAAGCUGUGACAGCGAAGCACUGAUUUAGCGAGGAGUUUCAUAAGGGCUGUGGACUUUUUUGGGAUGGGAAUCAUCAAAUGUUGUGAUAUUAGACAAUGGGCGUAAAGAACGCGAUUACCUAGGGGGAAUACAGGAUGCGAGAGCGCAGUCUCGAGAGUGUCGGGACAUGGCGCCUCCAUGUACUUGCCUUAGCUAACGACAAAUCCACACUGUCUUGGAGAAGAAGCAGCCCGGUACUAAGACUUGACUGCUCCCAUUAUUGCCUCGCCAACACACGUUCGAUCUUUCUGGAAUCUCCGCCUGUCACAUUCUCAACAUGUCGAAG